GGGGCUACAUGCAGAAGCACACACAAAGGUCACCUUCAGUUUAGUCAGAGACAGGACGUGGAAGCGGUGUCUGACGUUUCGUCGGAUGACCGCGGGUUCUUCGUGCACUUUGAAAUCGAGAAGACGGUAUCCGCCCGAAUUGCCCUCGUAACUAGUAUUUUUAUUCGGCAAGUAAGUGGUACUACGAUACAAACAUGGCUGAGGAUCUAGCAGCUCAAAGGUUUAUAAAACCUGGUAGUCAUAAAGGUAAAGGUCUCGCCGUCUUUACCAGUGGAGGUGAUUCUCAAGGAAUGAAUGCUGCCGUCCGAGCAGUUGUCAGAAUGGGUAUUUAUCUAGGAUGCAAAGUGUUCUUUAUUAAGGAAGGAUAUCAGGGCAUGGUAGACGGUGGAAAUAACAUUGUCGAAGCAACUUGGUCCUCUGUAUCUUGUAUUAUCCAUAGGGGUGGCACGGUUAUAGGUUCUGCACGAUGCAUGGAAUUUAAAGAGCGCUCUGGCCGUAGAAAAGCCGCCAAGAAUUUAGUAACUCGCGGGAUAACUAAUUUAGUUGUGAUCGGCGGUGAUGGUUCUCUUACCGGUGCAAACCUUUUUAAGGAAGAAUGGGCUGAUUUGCUUAAGGAACUUGCUAAAGAAGGCGAAAUAACUAUGGACCAGGCGGACAAGUAUCAACACUUGCACAUCGUCGGUAUGGUGGGCUCUAUCGAUAAUGAUUUUUGCGGGACUGACAUGACCAUUGGUACUGAUUCCGCUUUGCAUCGUAUUAUCGAAAGUAUCGAUGCGAUUGUUAGCACUGCGUAUUCUCAUCAGAGAACAUUCAUUAUGGAAGUUAUGGGUCGUCAUUGUGGGUAUCUGGCCAUUGUGGGUGCUUUAGCUGCAGAAGCAGAUUAUGUUUUCUGCCCGGAAUCACCACCACCUGUUGACUGGCCUGAUAAACUAUGUAGAAAAUUGGAGCAGGCAUGUUGAUUAGGAAUUCUUCGAAUUUCUUAUCAUAUCGUUGCUUUUCAUUAACUAAAUUUAACAAAUACAGUAAUUUAUGUUCUUCCCAUAUUUUUGAUUGCUUACUUGUGUUGUCGAUAUCACAAAGAAAGCAUCACGUCCUAUUAAUUUCAUUUCCCCCUCCGAAUAUCUAAUGAAUCUAAUGAUUAAGUCUGAGAUUGAAUUUUAUCUCAGAGAAUUGUGCAGUUGACAAUAUCGAGAUACGAACAAAUUUUAGUUAGUUGAUACGAUAUAAAGAUAAUGAAAUUAGAGCCUUUCAGGUAUCUGA